AUGGCUCACAAAGAUGCUGCUUUGUUAAAAAAGCGGGUGGACAAGCUUAUGGUGAGCAAACUGGAGGAAGAUGAGGUAAGUAAAAUUAUUUUAAUAGUUUACUUUUUUAGGAAUUUAUUGAAACUAUGAACUAUGUGACAGAUUUGAUAUCAGAGCAUAAUAUUGAUGAAAGGAGUCUGAAGUUGGCUUUGCAAGAUCGUGAGCUUCAAAUGAAUCGAAAGUUCUUGGAAAAUUUCGGAAAGGUAAGGAUAAUAUGGAGUUGAUAAAGGUUUACCAAAUAUUUAUAUUUUUUAUAACUUUGGUUCAUGAUAACUUACUUUUUUCAAAAUUCUUGUGUAAAGGAGUCUAAAGCAAGGUUAAACAAUGAGUUUAGAUGAAUGAUAGUGUUCAAGAGUUUGUCGAGAAGAUUGAGAACAUGAAUAAGAUUUGUACAGAGUUGACAUCAAGGAUUCAGACUAAUAAAGAAAAAACUAAAGAUUUACUUACGAAAACAGCUGCUUUACAACAAGAAAAGUAAGUUUUGUGGUAAUUUAUAUUGUGUUUUCAAUAUCUUAUUUGAUUACGAAUGCUCUAAGAAUUAAUAUACAACUUAUUUAUGUUAAUUUUUUUGUGUUUUUGGAAUUUGAAUUACUGAUAUUGUUGUAGGAAACAGCUUGUGACAGAGAGAAACUACAUUGAUGACUUCUUCAACAAGUACUCUUUGACCAACAAUGAAGAGAUGAUAAUGGGAAGUGCAAUAAAUGAAGGAAUAAUCAGCGAUUCGUUCUUCAAAGUUCUGAGAAAGUUGAGUGCAAUUCAACAAAACAUCAGUUCAGCUUUGACAGUUGACCCAGAUAGUACUGCUCUGUAAGUAUUAUAAUACUGUGUUGUUUAUAAACAAAUUUGUUUUAUAUAUUGUAUUUUACUUUUAUAUAAGGUUUUGCUUAACUUUAUAAAAUCACGGUAAAAUACGAUGGUAUAACGUAAGAAGUAUCACUUUUAAUAUUACAGACAAGAGAUGAAGCGACAAGUGGAAGAGAAAGAUGAAGCAGCCUUCAGUGCUCUGUUUUCUUUUGCCCAACGUGAAUGUCGUUUACUAAAUGUGGAGUUUCUUGAACUUAAACCUAUAUUACACAUGGCAGUCGAAGCUCUUCAGCCGAGAGAAAAGCUAUUUGAAGUUGUUUUAGAAGAAUAUAGUGCAGCUAGAAGAUCAUUUGUGGUCAGAGCUUAUAUUGAUGUACUUACGAAGGGUAAAGGAUUGUCAAAACCUAUAGAACAUCUAUCUGGGGAUCCGUUAAGGUAUGGUAAUUGACAAUAUUAUUAAGUUAUGUAUGUUAGAAGCUUGAUAUAUUAAUUUUAUAUUGAUAAUGAGGUUAAUUUGAGAUUAAAAUGCGUAUAUUUUGCUAAACAUUUGAAUAAUAUCAUUUUAGAUACGCCAGUGACAUGUUGGUAUGGAUCCAUCAAGCUUUGGAGGGUGAAGUUGAGCUUCUACAAGCUUUGUUACGGUCAUGUCCAACAGAAGUCAUCACUCCAACUUCAAAGAAGACAUUGGCCAGCAUCUCAGAAGCCUUAUGUCAGCCGUUGAAGUUGAGGAUCGAACAAAAUCUGUCGCGAGAGACUAAUUCUGUAGUGUUAUAUCGGUUGUCGUCACUGUUCUUGUACUAUUCAAGGCAUUUCGAGUAGGUUUAUUAGUAGUAAAAAGGGGCAGUAAUUGAAUAAUUUGAUGGUUUUAAGUUUUUUGGACUAAAUUUGACUAUAAAUUCGAAGUAAUGUCAACUCAAAUGAUUUUACAGGUAUUCAACCAGUGUUGAGUCGAUGUUAGUAAGAACAUUAAAAGGAUUGUACGAGCUGGCUUCAAAUAUGUUCUAUAGUGUUGUUGGAAGUACGGUGCAGAAGAUUCUGAGCAAUGUAGGUUUUGAUUGUAACAUACUUUGAACAUUUGAAUGCUGACAUGUCAUCUAUUUUGCCUGAUAUGUACUUUAAUUUUUUUAGGUGCCAGUACCAGACUACGAUCUUUUGCCAGUAAAUGCCAUCAACCAAACCCUGUUCCUACUCCGCGACAUAUUAGAAUCGCAGAACGAUGGCGCAUUCACAGCCAUUGUGGAUAAGAAGGAAACCUAUGCUCGUAUCUUCAACCACGUACUCGACCCUCUUAAUCAGUCUAUCCAACUCGUCUGUAGUAACAUGCACAACCCUCUAGAUGUCGCCGUCUACAUGUUGAACUGCCUGAAUGCUAUCAGAACAGUGAUUAUAAUGUACCAAUACACUGAUAACAAGUUGGAGAUGAUCAAAGCUCAAAUCGAAGCGAAUGAAGAUGUACUAGUGAGUGAGCAAGCUAGUACCGUCUUCAUAAAAUGCUCCAUGUUGGACAUCUACACCAAGUGUGUGGCACAUCAGCAGAAUCAGGGACCGUUGGCACAUAUUCAGGGAAUGGAGCCAGACAGAAUCAAGGACAGUUUGGUACAGUUCGAUCAGUUCUUGGCCAAACCGGAAGGGUACCAAGCGCAUCAGAUGGUUAAGAUAUCUAGUGCCAGAAGCAGAGAGACGGUGCAGAAAAGAACGGCCGAACACAUCGUGACUGCUUACAAGAUUAUCCAUGACAAGAUAGUUGAUCCGAGCAAUUUAUACCCUGAUCUGGGGGUCAAAAGUGUCGAAGAGGUGGGUACUUUAGGGUUUUCUAUUUAAUUUUUGACCGAAAUUAUAUUAAUUUGAAGUUAUUUUAAAUACAAAAUAGUCUUUUUACUACAGUUGAAAUGUAACAUUCGGUAACAGAAUAUUUGCCCAAAUGUUGCGACUAAUUUGUUUACAAGAUCUUAUCUCUCCUUCUCUAUUGGUUUCAAUUAAUUUCAAUUCAAUUUUAGGUAUCCAACAUCUUGUUACCUCAAUCACCACAGUAA